AUUGAGCUCUGUGAUCAGGCGGCCGCUCCGCUGAUGUGCGUUGCGUUUAGGUGCGGUGCGCUCUCCGCUGUGCUGCUGCUGCUUCUGCUGCAGGAGGAGCGUGGGUCCACAGCCUGCAGUGCUGCGAUGUGCGGUCGCUUUACUUGUCUCCUCGCUGCUCCCUUUCUCCACAUCUAAUCCCAUUUGCAGAGCCACUGAAGACCAGAGGCAUUAAGAGGGAGCGACCUCCAUGCAGACGGGAGGUGAACCAUCUUACACUGGGCGUCUUUGAAACUGAGAUGGGGAAGGCCCUCACUAAUUUCUGUGAAUAUCUACACAGUUUCUGGAGAUGGAGGUGUCUUCAGAAAAUGCCCUUUCACUGACUGGAUCGAGGCAGUUUUAGGAUGCGUUCCCUAAGAAAGACCGUGUUGCUCGCCAUCCUGGUGUCUGUGGUGCUGGUACUGGCCCUACUGCAUUCGUGGCCCACCCGGGCUUACCCCGCAGUGGAUGUGUGGCAGCGUCCAGGGCUGAUAGCAGAAAGACACCUGGAGGAGAGGCUUCCGGACCUAGACCACCGAUUAGACCACAUCCCCUUUCAUGUGAAGGACAGUGUUGUUAGCUUGUUGGCACGUAAUGGGUGUGUAUGUGAGGGAGAGAGUGGAGGAGUUAACCUGCCCUUCGCCCAACUUUUAUUCCCGAGGGUGUCAGCACACCCGCUACACACUGCCUUUGAGGCCUCUGAGCUGGAGGAGAUGAAGAGGAGACGGGCCAAAGAAUACAAAAGUUUCCAGAAAAGGUCACAGACACCUGCAGAUGUUCUCAUCAUUGCAGAGGCUAACAAUCCCUUACAGUAUCCAACACAGGGGGUGGAGGUACGACCCCUGAAAACAAUCAUCAUCCCAGGUUUGGCCUUACAUGACCUUCCCAGAGACCACUACUCGAUAAACAUCACUGCCACGCUGGGAACAUUAAAUGUAGCUGCAGAGGUUGACGGAGUGAAAAUUAAAGGUGACGGUGAGAUGCACAUGACUCUGUCCAGCGUCGUCCUGCAGAACCUGAACCGACAGCUUCAGUUUGUCACAUAUACAAACACACUAUUCCACCCAAGCACUGCAGACACAGUGCAGUUUGAUACAGAGGGUCAUCAAGCUGUCUUCACUAUCAAGAUCCGUCACGGUGUAACACCCAAAUUGUAUAACACAGGAUCCACAAGAGAGUACAAUGUCAGUGCGCUUGUUACCAUAGCUACAAAGACCUUCUUGCGGUAUAAUAAGCUACAAGAUCUAAUCAACAGCGUGAGAAAAUACUAUCCUACCGUCACCAUAGUCAUUGCAGAUGACAGUGAAAAUCCUCAAUCUAUCUCUGGGCCUUACAUUGAACAUUACAUCAUGCCUUUUGGAAAGGGUUGGUUUGCUGGACGAAACCUGGCUGUCUCUCAGGUGACCACAAAGUACGUACUUUGGGUGGACGAUGACUUCAUCUUCACAGCCAACACCAAGCUGGAGAAACUAGUGGAUGUUUUAGAGAGAACAACUCUGGACUUGGUGGGUGGUGCAGUGCGUGAGGCCACAGGUUACACAGCCACCUACAGACAGACUAUCUCUAUUGAGCCUGGGGAGGAGGAUGGAGACUGUUUACACAUGAGGAGAGGGUUUCAUCACAUCAUUCAAGGCUUUCCAAACUGUGUUGUGACUGACGGGGUCAUCAACUUCUUCCUGGCUCGCACUGACAAAGUGCAGCAGGUUGGCUUUGACCCGCGCCUCGCAAGGGUGGCUCACCUGGAGUUUUUCAUUGACGGCCUGGGAUCCCUCCAUGUUGGCUCCUGUGAUGAUGUCAUUGUCAAUCAUGCAACCAAAAUCAAACUUCCCUGGGUCAGCCAAUCGGAGAGCGACAAGAUUUACGCAAAGUUCCGUUACCCGCCUGCCUCCUCUGAUGCCACGCACACUAAAAACGGCCUCUUGUUCUUUAAGAACCGAUUUCAGUGUUUGACUCAUAAUUAGUUGCCCUCCCCUUUAUCCUGAGGGUUCCUCUGCUCCUCCUGAGUUGCCAAAGAGUUCUUCUCCAUCGCGUCCAGUCAGAUAAGAUUUCAAACUAACACUUAAAUUGGCAUUUUCCUUAAAACCUGCCGAAGAGAUUUCCAGUUUUGCUGGAUGUCUGACAUGUAUUCAGUCAGUGAAGAGGUCUGCAGGGAGCUACAAAGUUCUCAAACGCAGUCCAGAAGUCAACUUCAAAAAGUCAGGCUCCUUUCUAGUGCAGAAAUGUUUCCUCUUGUUUACACAGACCCAGUUAGAUUUAACCUUAUCUUAAUGAAUUCAAGGUUUUGAAGUGUUUUUGCGUUUUGUCCAUCAAAUCAUAUCUGGCUUUACAUCCUUGAGUUGUUGAGCUUUGGGGAAACAUGGUAGCAUCUUUACGGCCAGAUUCACUUCAUUGAUGUGAGAAGAGGUACAUGUGUCCUCCUUCAAUUUGCACUAUCAUACAAGAACAAGCUUGGAAAAGCAAUAGUGGCAUCAGAGCGUUUGCUGAUGAGAACUCAGCCUUAGCAAGGACAAAAGGGACACUUACCUAAAAGUGACAAUCCUGUACACACAGAGCAUGGGUAUCCUUUUCACCAAUGCCACAUGAAGAACGCAUUCAGAACUUUUUUCACCAGUGGUACUCACGCUCUUUGUGCCAAAGGUUUGGCAGCGGGCUUUGGAGUGUUUGAACCUGUUUGUUUUAUGGUUUUGCCUUUUUUUUUUAAACCCAGAGUCCUCUGAGUCAUUUGACAUUUUGUUCCUGAAAAAUGUGUCAGUUUUUUUGUUCUAUACUAUUUGUCGCUUUCCCUGUUGCUUCAGCAAACAUGUAAAGAAGAGUGGCGUUUUUGUCCUGCGUAGCUGAUGGGAAAAGAUGAAAGCGAUUGCAUCUUUACAUGCUGCCUAAAAGAGAAGUUGAAUGAACCAAAGUGCAUGUUUAUUUUCCUCAUCAUGAAGAAGAAAAGAGAAACAGAUGCAUUGAGCUGUGAAAUGGAAUAUUGAUGGUACAUUGACACCUUGAAAUACAGUUGAAGUCAGAGCAUGGAGAAAAAACUGAGUGGCAUCCAGUGGAACAAAGUAGACAAGACAAUUAAACAAAUCCUGGUUUAACUGCCGUCU